AUAGCUCUAGUUUCCAAGACGACAGCACUGUAUCACUUUAUUGUAUUUUUUGAUUCUUUGAUUCGACAAAAUUGCUGGUUUUGUCAGGGAUGCCAUUUUUCUUCAUCUCUCCUCCGCCUCCCUUCCAUCAUUCCUCCCCUGAUAAUACAGACCACUGACUGCGUCACUCCUUCAGUGCUUCACUCCGUUCAUCUCUCCGCUCGCUCAGCAUCCAUCCAUCCAUCCGUCCUCCUCCACCAGCACCAUGGACAACACAGUUUCAGCCUACUCUGAGAAGCUGAGAGAGAUGUCAGUGUUGUCUCUCCUGUGCUCCUGUUUGUAUUCCCAGCCACAUCCCAACACCUUCGGUCAGUUUGAAGAUAUGGAGGUGAAGUCACUGGAUAAGCGAGCUUCUGGCCAAGCAUUUGAGGUCAUCUUGAAGAGUCCAACUGAGCUGUCUCCAGAGAGACCCCAGACUCUGGCACUGCCUCCCCAGAAGAAGGAGCCUUCCCUGGGGGAACUACAGAAGAGGCUGGAGGCUGCCAAGGAGAGACGGAAGUCUCAGGAGAAGCAGGUGCUGAAGCAGUUGGCGGAUAAACGGGAGCGUGAAAAGGAGGUGCUCACCAAGGCCCAGGAGGUCAACAACAACUACAGCAAGAUGACCGAGGAGAAACUCCACCACAAAAUGGAGCUGAUUCAAGAAAACCGCAUGGCCCGUCUUAAUGCUCUCAAACAGCGUCUGAGAGAGAAGGAGCUUCAUGCUGCAGAAGUUCGUAAGAAUAAGGAACUUUACACUGAGCUCUCUGGCUAAGGACACUCUUUAACGCCAGAGCUGUGAGACGUCCAAUCACGGCUGCAUUUGGAUAAUAUCUCAUUCUCUGGCCACAGUUUUAAGAGGUCAUAUCAUACUUACCUUAUCAGCCUCCCUUUCCAAUAAAUGUAUGAGCAUAUAACAGCAUCCCACAUACACUGUGUGGACAAAAGUAUGUGAGCACCCAAACACCACACCCACACAUGCUUGCUGAUUGUUUAAUUUCCAAUGCAUGGGCAUUAACAGGCAGUUUGUUCUUCAUAAAAUGUCUAGUUCUUCUGGGAGUCAUUAUUCCAGUUCAUCCCAAAGGUAUUCAGGUCUGGACUUUGUGAAGGCCAGUCAAAAUUGUUCACAUUUCUUGAUGGACUUUGACUUGCGUGGUGUUCCUGGAUCAACAUCUUCUGUUGAUCCUAGAACAAGAAGUCUUUUCCCUAUCCCUAAAACCAAUUUUUAUCAAAAAGUAUGGCUAAAACCUGAGAGAAGUUGGAAUGUUGCUUAGGCUCCAGUCCUGAGCCAA